AAAUAGAAAAAAAAAAAAAAGAGGUUUAAUUAGUAAAGCAAGACAUCUGAGCUACGUCCACCUGAUCCCUGAAAAGGAAAUCUGAGAGGUUCUUACUAUCGCUUUUUCAAUCCUAUAUAAGGUAGGGCAGUAAGGCAGCAAAACCGCAUCUGUUUUUUUUUUUUUUUUUGGCUCUUUCAACUCUUUUCCCUGAUUCUUCUUAGAGGAAAAUCUAAAACGGUGAGUAGCUGGUGGACCUACCAGACCCCAGACUCUUCUUUCUUACACGCCUUCAUAUCAGGUUGGUGCAUGCUGUGCUCAGAUUCUCUUUUCCCAUGGAGUUGACACAUGGAUGGAUUUUGACCUCCGGUAGAUGGGUUUUUUGAUGUCUCUGAUUCCCAUCCUUCAGGACAGAUAGCAACCCUUCCAUAGAAGGUCUGCAAGCAGCCCAAGCUCUAUCCUUCCCUAACUGGAAUUUGCAACACUGCAUUUCUCUGGCUGGUGUGUUAAAAUGCUAUUGCAUUUGUAACAUGGUUUACUUCUGAAUGGUUCGUAGAUACCAAUGUAAGUGGUCGACGAUGUAAUUAGAAUUUUUACAAGAAAACAGAAUCGAGUUGUUCUUUGGGUUGUAUUUUUAAAUUUCAUCUUUAACUCCAUUCAGGAGAGGGCGCUGAGACACAGGGGACUGGGAUCUUUUCGAUAUUUGGGUUUUAUUUGGAUGUUCUGUCCCAGCUCUUAAUACAAUACUAUGCUUAUCACAUUUUAAAAUUUUUCAACAAAUUUGCCUUUUCUGUGGGCCUGGGGGUGGGGUGGGGUGUGGUCCCCCCGACGCGCAUGUUUCUGCUUGCCAUUCACCACAUCUUGUUUAUUCUGUGUGAACAGGGGGAACAUGAGCAUCACAGAUGUCCUUAGUGCUGAUGACAUCGCAGCAGCCCUGCAGGAGUGCCAAGACCCGGAUACUUUUGAACCCCAAAAAUUCUUCCAGACAUCGGGCCUCGCCAAGAUGUCAGCCAGUCAGGUGAAGGAUGUUUUCCGUUUCAUAGACGACGACCAGAGCGGGUACCUGGAUGAAGAAGAGCUGAAGUUUUUCCUCCAGAAGUUUGAGAGUGGUGCUAGAGAACUGACCGAGUCAGAAACCAAGUCCUUGAUGGCGGCUGCAGAUAAUGAUGGAGACGGGAAAAUUGGGGCUGAUGAAUUCCAGGAAAUGGUACAUUCUUAAAGGGCCCAGACUAUGGAGAUAGCAUCAGCUGGAAGGCCUCCAAAGCCCCAGGAACUGGGACACCCCGCAUCCUCCCCCUAAUUUAUUUAUUAAUUUCCCCCGAAAUGCUUCUGCAAUUUGCCCAUUGUUUUAGUGAGGUCAUAAGACAGUCAUCCAUGACUUUUUGGUGGUGGGUAUGCCCUGAUGACUCCUGUAAGAUCCUCAGCAGACAAAAAACGCCUUUUAAAAAAAUCAUCCAAUAAAGACACCUUUCUCAUCAUCUGCUGAUGUGUGGGUGUGGUUUUUUCCUCCGAGAGGUACAGUGAUGAAAGUAAUUUGGAGGCCGGAGGCUUUUAGGAAGAAUUCUGGUCUUACCGGGCGUCAGGCUAGGGUUUUCUCAGCGAUUUAUCUGAGUCUGAAAUGCCUAUGAAGAGAUUUUAGCCAGCAGAAAGUCAUGCUUGCUUAUGUGUUUUCUGCUACUGGGUGUUAGAUUGCCACAAGAGAGAUUUAAGUUAAAGCAAACAGUGCAAGACAGGAAAAAGUGAGAGGCUACCGUGGCCCUAAAGCUAAGGAGACUUGCUAUGCUGGUUGAGACAGGCAGACAUAUUUUCAAGCUUUUUUUUUUUUUUCUUAGAAAAACAAGCUAUCAGACAC